CCGUCCUGUCGCCUUUUGACUUCUACCUUCAGUAUAUCCACCGUUUCAUACUUGCAGCUGUCCACGCAAUUGACGAGACCAAUUCCGCCUGUCUUUUCCUGUAGCGGCAUACCGACGGAGCUACACUCGAGGGGUUGAAUUUUCCCUGCGCGAAAUCCCCGUACGAACGCUGUCGAAUUUCGGCCAUCUCUCUCGAGUUUCGUUCGUCCCAAGAUACUACAUACGAGUCCUCCAGUAACAACCAAUCCCAUUUUUACACUACUUUGACGAACGAAUCGAGUGGUUCCGAAAACCCUUUCAAACCCACUAAGAACAAAAUGGCAUCACCUGCACUCCCUUCUCUCGCCCUGCGGCGCACAACUACCACGAUCCUGCCGCGAUCAGCAAUUACAACAUCCUCAUCCUCAUCAACAUCAUCAACAUCGCCAUUCUCGCCCAUCUGCCAACAAUGCAGACAUGCGUCGCUGAUUCGCCGUCCUAAACGACCAUAUACCUUCACCCAGCUCGUGACGCUGACAGACGGAUCUACGUUCCUGCAGCGCACGACUUCUCCGCAGCCCGUGUACAAGACGACCAAAGACACGCGAAACAACCCGCUGUGGAACCCGUCGUCGCAGAAACUGCUCAAUGUGGAAGAAGACGAGGCCGGCCGACUACGUGCGUUCCGACGACGAUUCGGACGCGGAUGGGACGCCGAGGCGGUUGAUGAGGCUGCGGGCGAGGAAGUGCGUGAGGGCGAGGAACACCUUGCCAAGGGGACUGAGGAAGAAGAGGACAGUCUCCUGGAUUUGAUUAGUGGAUAUGGAUUGCAACAGGAACAACAGGGCCAGGCAAAGGGCGAGAGGGUGACGAAGGGCAAGGGCAAGAAAUGAAGUGGUUGCCAUGAUACUCGUUAGAGGAUCGAUGAGGAGAAGUGUAAUCAUACUUGAUAGGAGAGAGAUGCGGAAGAGAUUAAAGGGUGACCAAUUAUGGAGAGCGGGGUCAAAACUGGAGGGAGCAUGAAGGAGACAAAGAAAACGACUGUUGCAUAGAGCGCUCGAGUUGAGCGUGCACAACACGUGGCUGAGAAGAUAGACUGGGCUUGUCCACUGGCGGAUAUCAUUUUGAUUCAUGUAAAAUCAUUUCAUUUUCUAUCUCGCAAUCUGUAUUUUUACUACUUUAGAUCUCUCUUCAAUGUCUCGCACCGACAUAUCAUCAGUUGUAAAAUCACAAUCACAUAUCG